CGCCGUGAUUUGACUUCCAACAUGGAUUCGACACAGCUGAUGUACACCCUGCUCAUUGCGUUCCCGCUUCUGAUCUUCAUCCACAGAAGGUCGAACCCUCUGUAUUCUAUUCCUGCUGUCGGUUUUUCGGCCCCCUUACUAUCAUACAUCGGAGCCUACAAGUUCACGCGAAAUGCACGUGAAUUACUGCAGGAAGGAUACGAGAAGCACAAAGGCUCUGUCUUCAGGGUCCCGAUGGUGGAUCGCUGGCUUAUAAUUUUCUGCGGUGCAAAGAUGAAUGAAGAGCUGCGCAAAUUCCCAGACGAUGAAAUGUCCUUCUUGGAUGCUGCGGAAGAAUUCGUGCAGCCGAAGUACACGAUCGGCGUUACCGAAGUCGUCGACAACCCGAUCCACAUAUCGGUGAUUCGCGGUCCACUCACGCGCAACCUUGCUGUUCUUCUUCCGGGCAUCAUGGAUGAAAUCAGCGUGGCCAUGGAAGAGCUGAUCCCGAUCAAGGAUAACGAAUGGGUGACUGUGCCAGGUCUUUCCACCAUGAGACAGGUUAUUACUCGUACGACUAGCCGCGUGUUUGUCGGAUUUCCCUUCUGUCGCAACAAGGAGUACCUGGAUAUAGCAUUUAACUUCACCGCUGAUGUUAGGAAGGGACGAGCAAUCAUGACUGUCACUCCGACGAUCCUAAAGCCUCUGGUCGGUCGUUUGCUGCCUUGGUCACGAAGGACUAUUCGGCGAUUUUCUGCGAUGGUGAAGCCUGCCAUAGAGGAGCGCAUCAAGCAGCUGGAGGAGCAUGGGAGAGACUGGGGUGAUAAGCCUAAUAACUAUAUGACGUGGCUGGUGGAAGAAGCAAUGGGGGCUGGCAAGACCGUCGACUCGGAUCUGGUCAUGCAAGCUCUGUUAUUCUCAAACUUCGCUGCGAUGCAUUCAUCAUCCACAAGCAUAACUCAUGCCUUAUUCACCUUAGCGGCCAAUCCAGAACACAUACACCCUCUUCGGGAGGAAGUUGAAAGCGUCAUCAAGACGGAAGGAUGGACGAGGAUUGCUUUGGACAAGAUGUGGAAGCUGGACAGCUUCAUGCGAGAGUCGCAGAGAAUGAAUGGAGUCGCAUGCAUCUCGAUAAUCCGCAAAGCGUUAAAAGACGUUACACUGUCCGAUGGGACUGUCAUUCCGGCCGGCACAAUCGUCGGAUCAGCUGCAGACGCUACGCACUAUGACGAUGAAAGCUACAACAUUCCUCAUGACUUCAAGCCGUACCGGUUCUCUAACAUGCGAGCCAAGGAGAGCGACCGUAUUAAGCACCAGUACGUCAGCACGUCGCCUGAAUACAUACCAUUCGGCCACGGGAAACACGCCUGCCCAGGCCGGUUCUUUGUCGCCAAUGAGCUCAAGGCGGUGCUUGCUUAUAUCGUCCUGAAUUACGACGUGAAGUUCGGGGGUGACGGUACACGGCCGAGCAACCACUGGUUCGGUAUCUUAAUCGUCCCGGAUCCUACGGCGGAGGUGAUGUUCCGUAAACGCCAGCCGAAUACCUUAGUGUAAGUCAGGAUGGCAUCAAAGGCUUUGAUGCGGGUUCUCGUUUAUCCCUAGAAUUGGAACUGCAGAGACGCACGAAUGAAGAAUAAGUCAUCCUCUCGUAUGAUGCGGUGUAUCACAGCAGUCUUGCAUUCAUGUUGUACUUGUCUUGCUGUAUGCGGCUACUUCGGCGCAAUGGUUAUGAGCCAUUUCAACAUGGCAACUGAUCUUGUUCUCGGAGCCCAGGACAGACAUCAUGAUGCAUCAUAAACAAUCAUGGAGCUCUUUGACAUGGAGCUCUUUAACGCGUUGGAUAAGAUAAAAUGUGAGAUUGUCUUGUGGGUUGCACUACUGAUUCGAUCAUCUUGUCACCGUCCUGUAGUUGCUGCA